AUGCCUACUUUACUCGAAUAUCUUUCAACCCCCGAUCCAGUCCUGGACCGAUCAAGGGCCGGGAAAGGUCCCAAUACAUUUAAUAACGACUGGGAAAUGAUAGAAGAGACUCGGGAAUGGGCAGACUUUACAUACCCACAUAUGAUGGAGAUGUUGAGUGACAUUCUCAGUACAAGGUAUAGCCCGGACCAGCUAGAUAUACCGCCCCCGUUUACAAAGACGGUUUCCUGGACCUUGGGAUGUCAUGGGCCUCUCCCGAAUGCUGAAUGUGGCUGGGCCGGGGUUGAGCUGAAUGUCAGCUUCGACAUGAAUCGCAUACCAGGAGACACUAAGAGUGAGAGUGACGUAAAGGAAUUCUACAAGCCGUUACGCCAGGUCAACUACUACGCGCAGUUGGCCAACAGCAGGUACGCAUAUGUCAUCUCUGACAAGGAGCUACUGUGCAUGAGAAGAAGUAUUUCAGAAUAUGAGGGCCCACCAUUAUCGUCCCAGCGCUCAGUGCGUGGGGCCGGACAACCUACUACUCCUUCUACCCCAGACAGGGAAGCUUCGCAACUCACACGACCUCCUUCGACGCCAUCACCUUGCCCUCCUUUUCGGGUUGUGGUCCGGAAUCGACAGCAACAGCAUCUUACGCCCGAGCGCCGACCUAGGCCUAGACAAGCUAGCACUGCCUCUAGCAUGUCUGCAAUGUUAGUGGAUUCUCCUAGUAUUACGGUUUCCUCCCCCGACAACAUAAGAUCAUCCCCAUCGAGAUAUACGGACAACGGCAACCCGGAUGCGAAUGAAAGCGUCAUUGAAGUGAACCGGCCAGGACAUCUAACCGUCAAUCUUGCGCUUUUCUGGAUUCACAUCUUAGCUGCGUUUGAUGUCGAUUUAAGAGCCUCAUAUCCUCUGCUGGGAAGGGAACUGGCAGAGGCUUAUGGUAAGUCUUCUUCAACCAUAGGGUACUUACCAAUCGCUGAAUACCUUGAAGGACUCCGCGCAACCCGGGGAGUAGAUGAAUAA